AUGCGCAGAUCUAGGGCUUGGUCAGCGCGUGGCACGCAGGCAGUCAUAGAAUCACCAUCAGCGAGGGCAGUGUCUCAUACAGUCAUUGGCGCCGUCUCUGCAAUUGGCGUUGUAAAUGUGAGCCUAAGAGAUCCAGGAAAUGUCAAAGAAAGAAAGGUUGUGGGUGCUAAGAAACGAAAAGCACCUGGAAACAAUGGAUCUGCUAUACCAAAAGGAACUACAUCUGGCCAUUGCCUUCAGUUCAUCAGCGAUACCUUAGACAUUAUGGAUGAGUUUCCCAACAUGAAGGGUUAUCACAUCGUUAUGGACAAUGUCCCAAUUCAUAGCCCUGCUAUUGUUGAUCCUGUAAUUGUCGAGCGAGGAUAUAUACCUGUAUACCUUCCACCUUAUUCCCCUGAACUCAAACCCAUUGAGAUGUUUUGGAAAGUUCUGAAGGAUAGAGUCAGAAGAGGCAAGCUAAAUAAUGUAGAAACCCUCACUUCAAGAAUCAUUGAAGGUAGUGAAGACAUUCCAGUCGAACAUUUGCAACAUUUUAUCCAGCAUUCCAUCGAUUGCUUCCCUAAAUGUUUGAAUAAAGAACCUUUGCAAUUUAUUUGA